AUGGCUCAAAGUCGCGAGGCGGUGUUGAGGACGCUCAAACAGGUGCGCCCCAUUCUGUCGGUGGACAAAUCAGAGGCCAGGAGGCGCGUCUUCAAUCUCUAUCGCGCCUGGUAUCGCCAGAUUCCAUACAUUGUGAUGGACUACGACAUCCCCAAGAAUAUUGAGCAGUGCCGUGAGAAGCUGCGAGAAGAGUUCCUGAAGAACAAGGACGUCACGGACAUCCGGGUGAUCGAUAUGCUAGUCAUCAAGGGUCAAAUGGAACUGAAGGAGAGCGUAGAGAUCUGGAAGCAAAAGGGCCACAUUAUGCGCUACUUCAAGGAAACUUAUGAGCCCAAACCCACAGACUUCCUCUCGAAGUUCUUCUCAGGACACAAUUGAGAGGCUCCCAGAGAUAACAUGUUGAUUAUCUAGUUAAAAUGUAAAUAAAAGCGAGGAUGGCGAAAAAAAUCCACAAAUUAUAUGUUCCAGA